CAAAUAAAUAGUAUUAAUCAUGGGCAAUAACUGCUGUGUAUCCAAUAAAGAGGGAACCCAAAUGGAUCCUACUAAACUAGAGAUCUCCCCAAGAAGUGACAAACUUAAUAUGAAAGAAGGAGCCACUCAGGACAAAAUAAAUGAUGGUUCAACUAAUAGUAGUGAUGAAGGGAAAUCUAAAACAAAGAGAAGGAAGAGAGCCAAGAAAUCUAAGGAAGAUCUCUCAGAUUGUGUUGAAGAAGUGAAGCAGAUCCCUGGUGGGAGGGAUGAGACCAGAAAUACUGAACAAUCUAUGGAAGGACUGAAGAUUGAAAUGAUCCCUUCUCAUAGCGACUUAAUCCAAGCAGCUGAAGAUGAGGAUAGUGGGAGUGACUAUAAAAGCUUUAAUACUGACGGAAGAGCAAAGAGUGGUAUAUAAUUUCCAUGAAUAUUAAUCAAGAUAGUAUUAACUUGGUUUAGAUAU